UCAAAGGUAUCGAUCAGUCUACUACUGCUACUCGAUUUGGUUCAAAUACGUCAGUAGCUGCUACUACUGCAACUAAAGCUCGCAAAAUGUUUUCGCGUUACUUUUUGUCGUUUCUCUCCGUGCUCGUUUUCGCCGCUGUUAUAAGCGCGAGUGCCAUUCACGAGCCGCGGUUCUUCGACGACGACGACAACAGCGACGAGCUCGUAGAUUCCAUCGGCCUGCCAGACGUCAGCUCGGAGCUCGAAGACUUGAUCGAUGUGCUCGGUGGCGAUCGUCACCGCCCACCGCCGCCGCUAAUCGGCAAAAUCAUCGUCGCGAUCAAGAACGCGCUCAGGUGGCUGAGACGUCACUGCAUCAGGGACGCCGUGCUCGAGUGCAAGCAGCACGUUCCCCACAUCAAGCCUUGGCUCAAAUGCGUGAAGGAGAGCAUCGUCGCCCAUAAAGGCAAUUGCACACGUCCGCCACACCCAACUUCGACCGUGAGUCCCUCCACUGAGCCAGCCGAGCCAGAGCCAGAGCCCGAGCCCACCGAGCCCGUCAACGGCACCGUUCUUCUGUUCUAAACUCUCGACCAGCUUCGAGAGUAGUCAUGCAACUGAUUCGACUCUUGACUUUGUGUAUCUUAUGCUAUAAAUUAAAUUAUUCAUUCGCAAAGAAA